GAGUCACGCACGAUUUUACAAGGAAAAAUCGACGCGAUCGGAGCAAUAUAACCAAGGUUAUGGUCGAGAUAAACCGGGAGCCCCGAUAAGACGUGGACCGUCGCUGCGGACGGACGAGUGCGCGGCUGGCGUCAGGCCCGCUCGGAUCUUCCACGAAGGUGUCGAGCUGUCGAUUACGCAUCUCCACUUGCUGGGACAUCGUUCUACGAUUGGAAUUUCAGUGGAGGCCAUCGCUCGGUGAUAGUCUCGUGAACGUCGAGAAAAGUUGACUCGGAAGAGUCGAAUCAGUUGAUUCGAAAGAGUUGGAAGAGUUGACUCGGGGGAUGUUAACUCUCUGUUGCUUAAAAACAAUGUAAGCUCGAUCCAAACGAAGACAACUAGCCUUCUAGAACAUCGAAUACACCUGGGUUCGAGGUUAGCUUAUGGUCAGUUUGACGUGCUGUGAAAUAAACUUUGUGCAAUAGAUGGUUGAUCCUCGAUCGCCAAGUGUUUGAUGGUUCGUGAACUUCGAGGCUACCUUUCCAUCGUAAGGACCGAGUAAGACUGAGGGCGAUAAAGUGCUAACUCUUCGUUUCCAAGUGACUUUGUUCGAGGCCUCGAUGCUCCAUCUUUACAACUCCAAGGACCAAAUAGAAGUUGCGAUUUCAUUUUCACCUCGGCACACCGAGUAAAACUCACCAAGUGGAGUUCGAGGCCUCGAUGAUAUCCACCUUCGUGACAACUCCAAGGACCGAAUAAUCUUCGCGUGUCUACGAAACUAAAUAAAUAUCCACGCGAGUUGCCCCUUGAAACUUGAUAAAGUUCACGUAGAGGGUUCAUCCUAACUCUGUUCGAUUGUCGAUGCUCCAGCACCUUUCCGACGACUCGAAGGACCAAAUGAAAUCGCAACAGUGACUCCGUAACUUGAUAAAGUUCACGUAGAGGGUUAAUCCUAACUCUGUUCGAGGCCUCGAUGGCCCAGCACCUUUCCUACGACUCAAAGGACCAAAUAAAAUCGCAACAGUGACACCCGUUCGAGGACUCCAUCCUUCGAAAAGCCUUCCACUUUGCCCUGGUGCGAUAGACGAUACCCCCGACCGGCUAUGAAUCGCAUGCGACCCGAGUCGCGUCGUUUCGGGAGCCGUUCGAGUUCAUUGGUCAUCGACGACGGCGCGUAAACACGCGAAGCACGCGCGCAGCACGCGCGCAGCCCGCGUCACCGAUUUAUUGACGGUAAAUCGCGCCGGGUUUUCUUCUCGCGGUACUAUUUACAAACAAACGUUAGAUCCAGGAACGGCGCUCGUAAGCAUUCGCAAGCGUUCGUUCGCCACGCUCAGUGAUCCGCGGAACAGAGACGUCGGCGGCCGGUCCUGGCCGCGAUACGCGAUCGUUGAACCGACAAGCGCGCUCGUACAAAGUCAUCGGAAGGUGACAAGAGUGGCCCGAUCGCCAUCGGCAUCUACUUCGCGUCAGCGCCGAAGAGAUUACGACGGGAACUUUGGACGAUCGAUCGAUAAAGAGGCGCGAACCGAUCGUUUCUUUUUUUAUUUCGACGAUAUUGAAACUGGCCGACGUCGGAUCUCUGCCUCCGGCUACCAUUCGCGACGAGCGGGGUUCCGCGGACCGAUCUCGGCUCGACGCGUACCGCGAGUGGAAAGGGGUACGGUAUCGAGGAGUCGCGUCGAAGGAGGAGGAUCAACCGGGAUUUUUCUGUGCAACUGUUCGCGAGGGAACUGGGAGAGUGACUCGAAAGUGGGGAGGUCCGAGUGACGGCUACAGUGUUCUCUAAUGGAUUCUCGUGUAACAGGAACUCGAUUGCCCCGACGAUGAUCGUUAAUUAAUCGAUCUUGGACGUUACGAGAAUCAAGGAUCUUUCGAACUUUCUUCUGUUACGAAGUAACCUUCGAACAGAGCCCUCCAACAACCCCUUAAGUCGUCGGGAGCUUUCUCCGCGAAAGGCACCCUCUGAAUCGAGUUCGCGGACAUUCCGGGAAGAGAGACGCGCGUGGGUGGUCGUUCCCGCGAUUAGUGUUUCCUGGUGCUAGACUGGAGCUGUAUUUGCCGUACGCACCACUGCCGGGGGGUGGCGGAAUCCUCCCGGCGGUGAGCAGCGGGCCAGGUUCGGGAGGGUGUCGUCCCGUGCUGUUGGGUGGCGUCGAUCUGUCGAUGUCGGCGGCGGUGCAGCCGGUCGCGACGCUGCCGACGCUGCCGAGCGGCGGUCCCGCGUCGCACAAUCCUCUCCACCAUACACCCGUGGGACUUCCUCUGCCUCCUCUGGGGUCUGCGCCCGUGAUGAUGCCGCGACCACCGACCACCGCCAUGCCGCCAUUGGGACCGUCUCUGCCACCCGCGCACCAGGACGCCGACUUGGCGGAGGCUGCGCCCAACCAGGACGUCCUGCUUGCUCUCCUCGCCAGGAACAAGAACCUGGAAGAACGGAAGAUUGAAACACCAAGCUGUUUUCCGAUCAAGGAAGAACCCUCGAUACCGAAGUGCGGCGGGUGCCAAGAAGCAAUUUUGGACAAAUACGUGCUGAGGGUUCUCGAGAGGUGUUGGCACGCGAGGUGUCUCACGUGUCGAGACUGCGGUGCAAGGUUGACCGACAAGUGCUUCGCGAGGAACGGCCAUGUUUUCUGCAAGGACGACUUCUUCAAGCGUUUCGGGACGAAAUGCGCGGGCUGCGGCCAAGGAUUGGCGCCGUCGCAAGUCGUACGAAGGGCACAGGAACUGGUCUACCAUCUCACCUGUUUCUCCUGCGCCCUUUGCUCUCGGCAGCUGGACACCGGUGACGAGUUCUACCUGAUGGAGGACAGAAAGCUCGUCUGCAAGCCCGAUUACGAGCAGGCGAAGGCGAAAGAGUUGGCUGACGGAGGAAGCAUAGAUGGCGAUCAACCCAACAAGAGGCCGAGGACGACCAUCACGGCCAAGCAACUGGAGACUCUCAAACUAGCGUACAACACCAGUCCCAAACCGGCGAGACACGUGCGAGAGCAACUGUCUCAGGACACAGGACUGGAUAUGCGCGUUGUUCAAGUCUGGUUCCAGAACAGAAGAGCGAAGGAGAAGAGACUGAAGAAAGAUGCGGGCAGAACGAGAUGGUCCCAGUAUUUCCGCAUGAAAGGAACGGGGGCUGGUGGACAUUCACCUAGGCACGACAAGCUUCUCGACAAGGACGAGCUUAAGGUCGACCUGGAUUCUACCUUCAGUCACCACGAUUUGAGUAACGACAGUUACGGAACGGUGGUGAACAUGGGAUUGGAUGGCGAAGGCGCGAGUCCAGGUGGAGGCGGGAACGGCGCAGGCGGGGGCCCUCCUCGCGGUUAUUUAGGCGCAACGACUCCCCCUUAUCUCUCAACGUCCAGAUCACCGUCCUUACCACCUCAAUUUCCAUAUCCACCGGAUGCUGGCCUCUCCGUCUACACCACCCUUGGUGGCGCAGGGAGCAUGGUACCAGGUCCAGCGUCGGAUUUGAGCAACGAAUCGAGCGGGGGUGGCGGAGGUGGCGGCGGCGGAGGCGGUGGCGGAGGUGGUUACCCAGACUUUCCACCCUCGCCUGAUUCAUGGCUCGGGGAACCACCGCCACCACCCCACGCUCACCACCAUUCCCACUACGCCACAUAACCCGGCAGAGCCACGGGUCGCCAGAUACCGUUUGGAAGAACGGAACGGCACAAGGCGUUCACCUGACAACCCCGUCGGCGAAGGACUCGUUCGAAAGACUACACGAGCCCUCCAACGGACCAGCCUGUCCACCUUCGUCCAUCCUCGACGUCGCAUCCUCGAGGCAGGAGCUCCAGGGGAUAUCGGUGUUCCGAUCGCGCCAUCGACGGAUCCGUCUACGCGCGGGGAUCGAUCGAGAGCCUCGAUCGAGGAACGACCCCUGCCGCGGAGUCGUUCUACGCCACGCUAACCACCGUCCCGGCCGGUUUCCCGUCAUCGGAUCGAUUGCCAUGAUUGUCGUUGGAACGUUACGUUCAUAGCGAGCAUACGAUUACGCAUUCGAUAGCACGAUUAAUCUAAAUAUAUUUAUGUACAAGUUCCUCGUUUCCCGGUACUAUGGAGUUUAAUGGUCGAUUCAAGAAAUACCUAGAGGAUAGUUUAGACGUGUCGCGAGCCGGACGUUCGUUGGAACCGAUAUGCUUCGCGGAAGAACGAUGAUCCGUCGAUUUAUUCGUCGAACGAAUCCCGUGGAAAUUAUUAACAGAGAAUUUCGUCGACUGCGCUUCAUCGAUGGUAUUAUUUUUGACGGGAAGUCCUCGUAAUUAAACGUAGAAAAUGUAUGUCGCGGUCAAUGUCAGUGUCGAUCGAAACUGAUGUCCGUCAAUACUACACGGUUGAAAAGUUUCCGUUAACGUACACGAAUUAAACGUUGCAAAUAAUGCUCGACAUCUGUUUUACGUUGAACUAACGCCCAGAUCAAUUUUUAUUUCGCGUUCAUUUUUAAAUAACACGAAGAAUAUAUUAGAACAUUUAACUAAUGAAUUUUUAUACGAAGGAACAGAAAGUUUUCAACUGUGUAGAGAAUUCUGGUCGACGAAAUCUGUGUGGAUCACUUCCAUGGGGUUCGUGGAGAACACCCUCGAGACAGCUCGAUGGAACAGCGUCGAAUCGGUCGAUUUUCAUUUUCGUAGGGAAUUCCGUCGAAUCGACCGUGCUUCGGCAGACAUCGUUUACCAAAGCGAACGUCAACGUGGACACGUUUCUGUGGUAUACCGCGCUUACAUGACGUUACAAGUUUCAGGUGUCAUUUAUUGUAAAUAGUUCAGAUUAGAUUCUAUCGUACUCCAAUAAGAGAUGAGAAGAAGACGAGGAGGAUCGGCGUACAAUGAUCUCGGCGCAAGCGACGCUGUCCGCUGAACGAAACUCGAAAUUGAAAUUCAAGAAAGCAGCCUCAGCACCGAUUUUGCAAACUAACGCGUCAAUUCCCGUGAUAAAAAGUUACCUGACUGCUGAUUUGGUAUACUUAUGGCUUGCAUGAAUAUUGAAAACAUAAGUGCACUCAUUCAGCGUAUAUAUUUUCUAUAUUCAGGUACGACAUAACUGCGGAAAAUCGGUACUUUUGUGAAAUAUAUUUCACAUACGUUGCAUUAGGCGCAGAAAUUAAUUUUUUGCCUUUAUAUUCAAUCGUCAAAGAAUCGUCAUUCUGGUAUUAUAUGUUGACACGUGAGCAAGUUUGGUUGCCUAUCAAUAGGCGUAUGAUCGCUGACAUUUACCGACCGACAGGAUAUUAACACUUUACCGACCGGUAGCGGUUCAACAUCAUAUGCCCUUCUCACCGGCCGCUCGGCAGCAGAUCUUCCCUGGCACCGGGAAUUGUAUAAAAAUACGAGAGCUUACAGAGCAAAGCAACUUGUAUCUCAAUUCAAAGUAACAAAUACUUGCUAGUUACCAUAGCAGUUACCGGUCGGUAAAGUGUUAAUCGUCUGUUUGUGGAAGAGGCACAGAAUUAAUUUCUACACCUGAUGCAUAUCGUUUCGAUAUAUAUCAUACAUCACGAAUGCGUAAAAUCCGCAAUUUACUCGGAAGAAAUAUUUGGCGCGACAUUGUUUCAAAUUUAAUGCCUCAGAGUUACCAGCGUCGCGACCAAAUCAGAAGCAACCUCCCUCUAUUUCCUCCGCGUGCCGCUCGGUGGCUCACGCGUGUUCGGGACGUCGCGUCGCGGAGGAAAGACGCGUUAGGUCGUUUCGUGUACGUCGAAUAUUGGUUCUCCGAAUCACAGGUGCGUUCGAAAGUCGUUCUAAUAAGACGUGAUAUUCGAUUGUAAUCGAGUGACAAGAAAACGGGUGUGAAUCAUCGACAUUUUACCAACAAAAGUUUACUUUCAAUCGGUGGACAAUUCGGUCGCUCGACGGACACUGCGCCUGCGCACGACGGUCAGCGUGUUCGGCUGUUCAUUUUGGGACAAGAAAUCGCGUAGUUUGCACCACGAGGCACUCUUAAAAGUAUCCCGUGUCAUUCCUGCGUCAUCGAUAUCAGCAUCCCACCAGUUGUCAAUCGAACGUGACUUUUCCUUUUGCAAUUAAUUUGGACGAUCGCUGCCCGAUUUCGCCGGCGUCCACGAAACCGUUGAGCCAACAUGGCGGCUGGUAUCAGGGACGAAAUUCGAAUCGCGCCGUUUAUUCGAUCCAAGAGUUUUUAGUUGACCACGACGAAAUAUUUUAAUCUACGUUUCGAAUUUUAAUCGAAUUUAAUAGCGUUUCCGUAUCGUUGGCGAAAUCGAGCGGCAGUGAAUUAACUUUUACGUCGGUCGAUCGAUUCAAUGGCGCUACAAUUCUGGUCCUUGAUCUUUACCGAAACGUUCGAUUGCACGGUUGACACUUUACGGACGGUGACGUGAAUUUAUCUUUACAAACUCGUGUAAAUACUCUCUUGACUGAUAUUCGUGAUCGACGAAUCGUUUCCUUUCUUUUCUUGUUCGAUUAAGGGAAAUUACUCGUUUACGUCCUCUGUCCGUAAAGCAUCGACGAUUUCGAAUAAUCAAAGCCAUUACGAUGUCAAUUGUGCCCUCGUUUCAAUGCAUACACGCGUGUCAUGUAUAAAUUGUAUGUGUGUGUACGCGCGAGACCACGUAUUCGCGGAAACACGACUAGAUGUAGAAGGAUACGAUAAUCAAAAGCGCGAGGUUCGAUCGAUAGCAGUCUCCUGACUUCGCCUGUGUAACAUGCAGCAGGGAUGUUCGAUUCUUUUAAACGUAAUUGAUUUAUAUCGAAAUAUCCAAUUAAACAGCUUGCAAGCUUAGAAGUUCUAAGCAAAACAUAUUGGAAGAACGAAAUCUACGCGAGAAACAGGUAGCAAUUUCCUCGAUAAAAUCGAUUCGGAAUCGAGCAUUCCUAUGCAUACAGGGUGUCUCAAAAAUGUUGUAACACCUUGAAAGAGGUGGUUCAGGAGGUGAUUUGAAACAACUUUUUCCUUAGCGAAAAUGUUGUCAGAGGCUUCGUUAAGGAGAUAUUAAGCGAAAACCCCGACCAAUCAGAGCGCGAGUAUGCCGGUGGACCGCCCAUGGUAGCGUAUGAGCGCGCCCGCCUAGCGCGUAGCCACGCCUAUUGCUGGCGCUCCAACGGUAUACACGCGCUCUGAUUGGUCAGUGUUUUCCGUUAAUAUCUCCUCAACGAAGCCUCGGACAACAUUUUCGCUAAGGAAAAAGUUGUUUCAAAUCACCUCCCCAACCACCUCUUUCAAUGUGUUACAACAUUUUUGGGACACCCUGUAUACGGUAAUUUGAGGCGCACUUCAGCCGGUUGUACGUCGUCAAGUUUCGCACGCGUCCCUUGCUUCGUUCGCGGCAACGUUCACGCGAUCCAACGCUUUUGAAACUAUUUUUUCAAAAACUGUGCGCCUCGUAUUAUCUGAACGGAUUGUGCCAUGAGAACAAGGACCGAGACAAAGGAAAGAUAUCACUGUAGAAUUGUAUAUACAUCGUCCCCCGGUCGUUUUAACCACGACAAUUCGAUUACUCGAGACAGAGUGAGCGUCGUGAAGGGUAGCAGGUGCGUUCGGACAGGUACUGCUCACUAAUCCGCUCUGUGAGCACUCUCGACUUCUGAAUUUUUUGCGUCUAAAACAUGGCGACCACUCAAAGAAUGAAUAAUAUUACAAUGUAAUGUUAUCUGCGAGCGGGUGAGCUUAUGGAUUUUUUGAUUCCAAACUUGGCGACCGCUCUCUGAUGCUAUUGGCUGCUACCAGUGAGCAGUUGCCAUGUUGGGAACGUAUAUUUGUGGUUUGCUCGCUCUGUGAGCGCGCUCACAUAACAGCUCGGUGAGCAGUGGUCUUUCUGAAUGCAACCAUUGUUUCGUCGUGUGAAAGAAUUGAAUGUUGUACAGUUACGAAAACCGAAUACGUGCUCCUCACCGGGUUUCGCAAAAAGAUAAAAUGAGAAAGAGAAAAAGAUUCGCGUGACUGGCGCAGUUCAUAACUUCAUCGACACGAGUUACUACGGAUCUUUAUAUUAUUAUCUAGUCAUCGAGUGAUAAUAAAAAUUCUAUCAUAAUCUACAUCGCAGCGUGCUUUUUCUUCGACCGAUUCAAUCGUCUGCAUUCAACGAGACAUCGUACAACAACAAGGCAAACUCGUGGUUCCACUCGAAUCCCAGCCCCCGAUGCAGUUCCUGUUGCAGCUGCGGGCGCCACGUGCUCAAGCUCCUAUCACUGAGGCAGCUUAUAUCCCCUUGAGUGCUAAAUACUCGUGGGUCAAAGCGAUCCAUGCGUUGUGGACGGAAUUCUUUUGGAAUUAAUUAUUACACCGAAACAUCGACCUGUAAAUCCUAACUCGAAAAUGAAUCUAAAUAUUUGAACUUAACUAAUACGCUGCGGAUCUUUAUCCAAAAUAAUAUCUGCACGUAGGAAAAUUGACCCAGGAAAAUUGAUCUUAACACUUUAUGUACCGGGAGCCUAUUUAUAGGCUUUUUAAUUGCAGUAUUUAGUUAUUUGAAUUUAUUUACUGUGUUGACGGUUGUCUACGAACAAUGUUUAAUGUCUGGUUAGAGACUUGGCUUCCAAUGUGCCUAGUAACAGUAUGAAGGAAUUAUUGUCAGCCUAGAUUGGCAUAUGCUACUGUAGAAUAUUGUUUUUUGAAUUAAAGUCUACUUCUAAAUAGCCCGGUAGAUAAAGUGUUAAAUAAGAAUUUAUAUUACUCUAGAAAUAUUAUGAUACGAACUUUACUUUCAAUACACUUUUGUAUUAUUGUAUAUUCAAAUUUCCUAUAAGUGCAUAAAUAAUUCGCAGUCUAGUAACAAAUAUAACAGAAUGAUUCCGAUAAUUGUAUCUCGAGUAGAAGAUGGAGAAGAUCGGUAACGCGUAUGUGGGUUCAAAGAGUUGCGGGCAGAUCGUUGGACGAUCUCGGGGAUCUAUCAGCGGGUUUCCGCGAUCCAGGUAUCGGGUCGAGCGCGAUAUCGAUUCAGGCGGGCUCUCACUCGCGCGGACGCGGGGCUCGCGUAUUUAUAGAUGACACAUUUAGGCCAGAACCGAGUUUGAACUAUCUUUAUUUUGGCAGGCGGCUCUCCAGCCCCUCGUCGCCUGCUCGACACUAGCCUGGCCCGUAAUUAAAGCCACGGAAUCGUCUUUAAACGCGAACCAGCCAGCGAUUGUUAAUUUCGCGCUGGUUAGAGUCAACCUUUAGGCCAACGUUGGGCCACGAAUCAGGAUCAGACUGGCGGAGGCUUGGCCGGUUAUUUCGGGUCGCUUGCGGCAUUGCGACACGGAUAAUGGUACCUUUGCCGGGCCGCGCUCGUCAGGUUCGUGUUCGUCUCGCGCGGAAACCUAUGUGAUCGAUUUCGAAGUUCGCUGAUUCGUUUUGAGGGUACACUCGAGAGUAGAUAAAAACUUUGAUUCAUUGGGAGGUCUUCCCUAGGAGGGUGGAAAAAUUAGGGGCCUUGUGGACUGCGAACAUGGUGGCAAGGCAGUAUAAAGUAGUUUAUGAGGAAUCUCCCGAAGAUAAGAAGAAUUUUUAAUAUCAAAUUCUGCCCUAUAUUUCCAUCGAUAUUCGACCGCGGCAUGGCGCUAAAAUGUCCAAGAAGAAGAAAAGAAGUCGAGGGAGACGAAUCUCUUUUUACGCUUUCGGCGGGACGACGACAAAAGACUCGAAGACGGUUUUAUUUUCGGAAUACGUCUGAAAACGGAGGUGGAGGCACUUGGUGGGUCCUGAUACUACGGUGAACAGACUGCGCCGAACUAGACCCGAAUUAGAUAAAACUUUUAAAAAGGAUCAAAAUGAAACUCGACUUCUAUUUACGGAACGACGAUCGCCCAAGACCAAAACAUCGGUUCGGUAAGAGUCUGGAUUAGCAGUUCGACCCUUUCACCACUGGACCAUUAUGCAUCCUGCCAGAUGUGUUAUUAUUUGACUUAUUGCGCUCAAAAGAAGAGUGACCGUUUUUGAUGCUGCAAUUCGGAGUGAAAAUGGCAAGAAUGGAAACAAUAUUAUGGAAUGACGCACAGAGUUGCCGUCAUCUGGUAAGGUGGAGGGUGGUUGUGUAAGUAAUCAAUACUGGAGAGCAGAUAUGGUGGCAUGGACCGAAACAGGAGCACGCAGUUCGUGCUUCAAGCUUCAAUCGAAUCCACAGUGAGUCUGACCAGUGAGUGCUCACCUACGAAAUGGACUGUAAACGGUGCCCCAGACGCUCGUCCUGGUCGGCGACGAAGGACUGUUUUGUUGAUGAUUGGAAUAUCCGUAGCCGGCGAAAAACAUAUUGCGACAAUUGUUCCUCAUCGAAACGCUUAAAAAUACUAUCCAAUAUUCGUACAAAACAACAUGAAAACACUUUGGCACGUAUAUUUGGCACAGAAUUGUUGGUCUACCUCAAGGUAGAGUUUCAAGCGAGCAUAUCGUCAACGUCAACGAAUCCUCCCCAUCAGUCUUAAGAACCACCGUCGAAAGGGUAUUGGAAGGAUAC